AUGGAUGUUGAUAUUGGUUUUGAUGAUAUUUUACGUGAUUUCGAAAGAGAUUCCCGUCCAAAUGAGGCUAAUAUCACCAAGUUAAAAGAAGAUGAUAUACAAGAAUUAACACAAGCAUGGAUUUCAGAACGUAUGUCACCAGAAUUAUUAGAUUAUAAAGAUUCAUUGAUUGAAAGAUUAUUAUCAAGAAUAAGAGAACAAGUUGAAUAUAUUGAAUUGAACUCUAUAGAACUACAGACACAAGAGAAAGAUAUCAAAUUACAAUUGAUGAUUAUAGAAUCAGAAUUAGAUCGUGUGAAUUUUAUACUGAGAUCAUAUCUACGAACAAGAAAUGAUGAGGAUAUAGUCAAAAGACUAUCUGAACAUGAAACUGCAUAUAUGGAAAAACAUUUCGCUUCAUUAAUUCAAUUAUAUAAUUCAUUAUUCCUUUCACAAUUACCUCAACAUUUACAGGCUUUAGAUGAUACAAGUGGUGGUCAAUCAAUGAUUGAAGAACCAAAUUUUCAAAAACCAGUUUUUCUAAAAGUUUUGGAAGAUAUACCGCAAAAUAUAGCUAUUGGUGAUGAAGAAAUUGAACUAACAAAAGGUAAUAUUUAUCUUAUUAGAUAUUCUGCUAUACAGAAAUAUGUACACUCUGGUGAUGUUGCUCUUAUAUAG